UCACUCGAAGGAGUCGGUCGAUUUUCUACUUUACAAACAGUAGCCGCGCGAUCGUGUGAUCGAGAACCGUGGGAACCGGUCUCGUUGUGUUGUGUUGUUUAUCGGCCGUGGUCGUUUGUGUUUGUGUAAACCUGAAGUACUACGACUUUUCGCUAGAAUUGAGAAUCGCGAUCCCGAUUACCGGUGAAAGUUCAACGACAGGAUGAUGAUGAUGAUGAGCCCUAUUUCGGUACGAAUUUGGAUCGCCGGAACUUUACUAAUUCUAGAGCUGUGCUUGUCGACCGAUGCUGCCCUGAAAGAGUACGACGGUUGCAAGCACAACGGAAAACCGGGCAUAUGUCGAGGGUAUUCCUACUGCCGUAAUCAGCUGCAGAACCAACGGAUUACGAUCUGCAGUUACAACUCUCAGGAGGCUGUCGUGUGUUGUCCGGAGUCCGAAGGUUUUCGUAUUGAUGACAACGAUGCUUCGAGUUCAUUUCCGGACAGUUCCUCCGGUGUGACGGUGAAAAAUGUUCGCAAAGCCGUUGAGAAGUGCAACGAAUAUCGCAAGCUAUCGUACAAUCGGAUAGCCAUCAGUACGCUAACCCUCACACCGACGGUCGUCAGCUUCGAGGUGCCCAAGUGUGACAACAUUGUGAAGUUGAUCGUCGGUGGAAAUUUGACAAAGCCGGGUGAGUUCCCACACAUGGCGGCCAUCGGGUGGCGUCGUGGCAACACGGAAUCAUUCGACUGUGGCGGUUCGCUGAUCAGCGAUCGUUUUGUGCUGACGGCAGCUCACUGCUACGUAGAGCUGGACGGUGUAUUUCCGACGUUCGUGAGACUGGGAGACCAAAACCUGGUCCGACAGGACGACGGUGCACAUCCCAAAGAUGUGGAUAUCGAUACGUACAUGCGUCAUCCGAACUUCAAACGGAGAGAGGGUCAUUAUAACGACAUUGCCUUGAUCAAGUUGGUAGAAUCGGUACGCUUCACGAACUUCAUUCGACCGGCAUGUCUGUACGAUCGAGAGCAGACAUCGUCCGACCAAGCAAUCGCAACUGGUUUCGGUUUGACCGAGGAUCAUGGUGAUAAAUCCGACGAACUGCUGAAGGUAUCGUUGAACAUCUACGACAAUGAGGUCUGCGGUCGAGGGUACGUCAACAGCCGGCAACUCAAAAAGGGCAUUAUGCGUAGUCAGUUGUGUGCCGGAAAUGUCCUGGGUGGCCAGGACACAUGCCAGGGUGAUUCGGGAGGACCGUUGCAGAUUACCAAGCAGGAGAAUCACUGCGUGUUUUACAUUCUCGGCAUAACGUCCUUCGGACAAACGUGCGGUUCGACGGUACCGGCUAUCUAUACCCGGGUCGCAUCUUACCUAGACUGGAUAGAACCAAUUGUGUGGGGUUAAACUGGGAGCAGAAGUUGGAAUAAAACGGAUUUUUCAAUUGCUAUAA